AUGGCCUUUCCAUACCUAAAUGUUCUGCCUGGGCUUGCACAUGAUGAAUGUUCACUGAGCUCUCAGAGUAGGUAUCACUUGUGGAAUCUGAUGUCUACCAAAGAAAGAUUUACGACCAGCAGCAAAAGUUAUGGGGAGGAAAAUGAAAUCAAAGAAUUUGCACGUUGGAAGGUGAGAAAUACAGCGGUUGAAAGGAGGGACUUAAUCCGGAACCCUAUCCCACUAAUGCCAGAAUUCCAGAGAAGCAUCCGCUUGCUGGGAAGGAGACCUUCAACCCAGCAGGUGAUAGACACCAUCAUCCGAAAAUACGGAACUCAUGUCCUAUCAUCUGCAGUCCUUGGAGGUGAAGAAGCACUUACCAUGUACAUGGACAAAAGUAAGUUAGAUAGAAAGUCAGCAAAUGCCAGUCAAAGUGUGGAAGCCCUCCAUCAACUUGCCUCAUCCUACUUCAUUGACCGUGAUGGGACCAUGCGACGACUCCAUGAAAUACAAAUCUCUACUGGAGCAAUCAAGGUAACAGAGACACGGACUGGACCUCUGGGGUGUAGCAGUUAUGAGAACCUUGAUUCAGUGAGUUCUGUUCUACUGCAGAGUCCUGAGAGCAGAUUGCAUUUGCAAGGUCUCCAGGUUGUUCUUCCUGAAUACCUGAGAGAGAAGUUUGUGCAGUCAGCCCUGAGCUACAUCAUGUGCAAUGGAGAAGGCGAAUACAUCUGUAAAAACAGCCAGUGUGCUUGUCAGUGUGCAAUAGAAUUUCCACAAUGCAACUGUCCUAUCACUGACAUUCAACUCAUGGAAAAUUCACUGGCUGGACUUUCUGAGGCCUGGAACACAGCUUAUAAAGAUUUUGAAACAUCAGAUGAAUUCAAGUCCUUCUUGAAGCGUUUGCCCACCACACAUUUCCUGACCGUGGGGAGUGUCCACCAGCUCUGGGGCAAUGACUGGGAUCUCCAGGCACGGUACAAAAUUCUCCAGAGCUCUGUGGAGACGUUAAAGUUGAAAAUCCAGCGCACUGCCCGCAAACUCUUCAGCCUCAGUAUCCGCUGCCGUCAUAACCCAAACCACCAGAUGCCUCGAGAAAGGUCAGUUCAUCAGUGGCUGAACCGAGUCCAGUCGUUCCUGUACUGCAGCGAGAACGGUUACUGGGGCACCUUCCUUGAGAGUCAGAAGAGCUGCGUGUGCCAUACAAUGGCCAAUGUGUGUCAGCGGUCCAUCCCCUGCAACAUCGGUAGCAAUAGCAGCUGUGCCAUGUGUAGCCUGGCCAACAUCUCCCUGUGCGGCUCCUGCAACCGAGGCUUCAAGCUGUACCGGGGACGCUGCGAGCCCCAGAACGUGGACUCGGAGCGCAGCGAGCAGUUUGUCAGCUUCGAGACUGAGCUGGACUUUCAUGACCUGGAGCUGAAUUACCUCCUGGCGAAAAAGGAUUCCCGGCUGUCCAUCCAGACCAUGUUCAUCAGCAAUGAGAUCCGCCUGGACACCUUUUUCGACCCUCGGUGGCGGAAGCGGAUGUCGCUGACCCUCAAGAGCAACAAGAACCGCGUGGAUUUUAUCCACAUGGUGGUGGGCCUCUCCAUGAAGAUCUGCCAGAUGAGGAACAGCAGCCUGGAGCCGGUGUUUUUUGUUUACAUUAACCCCUUCAGCGGCAGUCACUCUGAGGGCUGGAGUACGCCCAUUGGCGAGCACGGUUACCCGAGCUGGGAGAAGACGAGACUGCAUGACUUGCCCUGCUACAACUGGACCCUGCUGCUGGGCAAUAGGUGGAAGACGGUUUUCGAGACCGUGCACAUCUACUUGCGCAGCCGGUCCAAGCUGCCGGCCUCCCUGCGCAACGUGACGGCCCAGGGCCCCGUGGACCUCUCAGACCCCAGCAAGCGGCAGAUCUACAUCAAGAUCUCGGACGUGCAAGUGUACGGCUACAGCCUGCGCUUCAACACUGACCUGCUGCGCAGCGCGGUCCAACAGGUCAACCAGUCGUACGCGCAGGGCACGCAGUUCCACUCCUCAUCCUCGGUCAUGCUGCUGCUACUGGACAUCCGAGAGCGCAUCAACCGGUUGGCACCCCCCGUGGCCGCAGGCAAAGCGCCCCUAGACCUCUUCUCCUGUAUGCUGAAGCAUCGUCUCAAGCUCAACAGCAGUGAGGUCAUGCGUGUCAACCACGCACUGGACAUGUACAACUCUGAGAUUCUAAAACAGGCAGACCUACUGACAACUAAACUUUGUUGA